GUGAUCCUAAAAUGGAGGUCUCUGUGGUUAGGUGGUAUGAAGGCCGCUGCUGUUAAACUCAGGAUAGAGCUAUCGUUGGAGUCAAUUGCAACCAGCAGAAGAAUGCAGAAAAUAAAGUCUCUUAUGUCCCGUCAGGGCCUGAAAAGCCCACAAGAAAAUGUGCCAGAGAUCAAAUCCCUUGUUGAAAGUUUUCGAAUCCCCAGCAAGGAAGAACUGAGGGAGUUGAGAGAAAAUCCCAGUGACCCUCUAGCAGAGCAAGAAAUUAUCAACAGUAUUGAAGAAAUAUAUUUCAGCAAUGAUUCAUUUGAUGUUGUAGAGCAUGAACUGGAGAAACUCCCGUCUGUUCUCAACCUUCAAGAUCUAGAAGAAUACAGAGAUAAACUGAAACAGCAGCAAGCUGUUGUAUCAAAGAAGGUAGCAGAUUUAAUCCUGGAGAAGCAGGCUGCGUAUGUGAAGGAGCUUGAAAGAGUUACAUCACUACAAACUAAUCUUCAAUUGGCAGCAGUCAUAUGUACAAAUGCCAGAAGGCAGUUAAAUAUUGCGAAGGAAGGAUUCACACAAGCUAGCUUGGGGCUACUGGCUAAUCAAAGAAAAAGGCAGCUGCUGAUUGGGCUGCUGAAGUCUUUGCGCACAAUUAAAACACUGCAAAGAACUGAUGUACGGUUAAGCGAGAUGUUGGAGGAAGAAGAUUAUCCUGGUGCAAUACAGCUCUGUUUGGAAUGUCAGAAAGCAGCUAGUACAUUUAAACACUACAGUUGCAUAAGUGAGCUGAAUUCAAAAUUACAGGAUACUUUGGAACAAAUUGAGGAGCAAUUAGAUGUAGCUCUGUCAAAAACCUGCAAGCACUUUGAAGUUGGUCAUUAUACUAAAGUCCAACUUGCUUAUAGACUACUGGGAAAAACACAGACUGCAAUGGAUCAACUGCACAUGCACUUCACUCAGGCAAUUCACAACACAGUGUUCCAGGUUGUCCUUGGGUAUGUGGAGUUGUGUGCAGGGAAUUCUGACACUAAGUUUCAGAAACUCCAAUAUAAAGACCUUUGUACGCAUAUUACUCCAGACAGCUACAUUCCAUGUCUGUCUGAUCUUUGUAAAGCCCUGUGGGAGGUCAUGCUGAGUUACUAUCGGACAAUGUCGUGGCAUGAGGCACAUGACAAUGAAGAGUCUGCUCCAGCUUCUGAUGGCCAUGGUGAGAUUACAACUGAUGAUCCUAACUUUAAUCGAAGCUACGUAAAGAAGAAAUUAGAACAUGGCCUUUCACGCAUUUGGCAGGAUGUUCAGUUAAAGGCAAAGACCUAUUUGCUUGGAACAGAUUUAUCCAACUUCAAGUAUGAUGAUUUUAUUUUGGUACUGGACAUUAUUAGCAGAUUGAUGCAAGUUGGUGAAGAAUUUUGUGGCAGUAAAUCAGAAGUUUUGCAGGAGUCUAUUCGGAAACAAAGUUUGAAUUAUUUUAAAAGUUAUCACAGAAUACGUCUUGAAGAAUUGCGUAUGUUUUUAGAAAAUGAAACUUGGGAAUUGUGUCCUGUUAAGUCUAACUUCAGUAUUUUGCAAUUGCAUGAGUUUAAAUUUAUGCGGCAGUCUCGUUCUCCGUCAGUGUCACCUAGCAAGCAGUAUUCUAUGUCGUCAUCUACAACAGCAGCAGGGUCUCUCUUUGACCAAUGCCAAAAUGGCGGAAAUCCAUUUGAACAGCAGACUGACAGCAAAGAUGAUGAAACAGAAGAUGUUCUUGCUGCUAAUGGGUAUGAAUCUGAUGAAUUGGAGAAGAGUGUCUACCAAGAUGAUGACAGCGAUAGUGAUGUUCCAGAAGAGCUUAAAAGGGACUUUGUGGAUGAGCAAACUGGAGAUGUUCCACUGAAAAGCGUUUCCAAAGAAACUUUGAAAAGUAGAAAGAAGUCCGAUUGCUAUCUGAACAAAGGCAAUACACUCAUUUUAACAAACACUACCUUGAAUGUAAUAAGACUUGUUGGAAAAUACAUGCAGAUGAUGAAUAUAUUGAAGCCAAUUGCUUUUGAUGUGAUCCACUGUAUGUCACAACUAUUUGAUUAUUACCUAUAUGCAGUGUAUACUUUCUUUGGGCGGGAAGACAUGUAUGAAUCUACAGGACUAGGAUUAAUCAGCAGCAGGCUACGAACCACACUGAGUAGAAUACAAGAAAGCCUUAUUGAUCUGGAGGCACAACCAGAAACAUCAGGCUCCUUGACAGCCACAGAAGAGCGAAAAGAAAAGGUUCCAAGCCCACACCUCAGUCACCUUGUUGUUCUAAAUUCUACUGAAACAUUGUAUGGUCUUGCAGAAAGGGUCGUGGCUACAGAGUCUUUGGUGUUUCUGGCUGAUCAAUUUGAUUGUUUGCAACCUCAUCUUGAUGCCAUGAUGCCUUCAGCCAAGAAGCCUUUUUUGCAGCAGUUCUAUUCCCAGUUUUCAACUAUUCUGUAUUUUCUCUUCCUAUCGGAUAACAAAAAGACCGUGGCAACUGCCAGUGAGCUGCGCAAACCGAUCUAUUGGAUUGUGGCUGCUAAAGCAAUCGAUUACGAACAGAUGUUGCAUCUUAUGGCCAGUGUGAAGUGGGAUAUAAAAGAAAUUAUGUCACAGCACAAUGUGUACGUUGAUACUCUUCUCAAGGAGUUUGAACAUUUCCAUAAGAAGUUAUCUGAAGUUUCUAAACAAGUGCGUAUACCAUUCCAAGUGUCCAACGUCCUUUGGGAGCAUUGUAUCCGGCUGGCAAACAGAACUAUAGUGGAAGGUUAUGCUAAUGUGAAAAAAUGCAGCAAUGAGGGACGGGCCUUAAUGCAGUUGGACUUCCAGCAGUUUUUAAUGAAACUAGAGAAACUGACUGACAUCAGACCAAUUCCUGAUAAGGAGUUUGUGGAAACUUAUAUUAAAGCCUAUUAUCUAACGGAAAAUGAUAUGGAAAGGUGGAUCAAAGAACAUAGGGAAUAUUCAACGAAGCAGUUAAUGAACCUUGUGAAUGUAUGUCUGGGCUCGCAUAUCAAUAAAAAAGCACGGCAGAAACUGAUAGCCGCCAUCGAUGAACCGGAUAGACUUAAGAGAUAGCCUCUACCGAUGUCUGUAUGUUGCUGUCCUGGAUGGCAAAAGGAUAAAUAUUUCCACUCCCAGCUAAUACAUCAUAACUCUUUUCUGUUACACGCACUUAUGAUGCAUGUUAUGUAUUUUCUGAUUUUAAAAAAAAACAACAAACUGAACUGAAAAUGCUGUUCUAGUUGCAAAUGUAUGUUCACUCCAGUCUUGGUAAGUCAUCAAGAGUAAUGUUGUCUUUAGAGCCUGUAUGAAAACUAUUUUCAAUGUUAUGGUUAUUAUAUUGUGGGAGGAAGCUUAAAAUUGUAUCUAUUAGAAUAUGGGAUGUAAGGAUUAUAUAUUGUAACAGAAUGAGACUAUAUUAAUUAAUGUUAGUGUAUGAACUACUGAAACUGAUUUUACAAUUACUUUUCUGUAUGUAAAGGGUAAAUAUGAACAACUGAAGGAUGUUUAUGUUUCAUGUAGAACCACAAAAAGUAACAAAUUCAAUUUAUAUAUUCAUUUGUUCUGGUUCUAAAAUUUAAAAAAAACAUUUGUUUCUUGUUGAACUGGAAUUGAUCAUGGAUUGGUAAGUGAAUAAACACUCUAAAUUACAGAAA